GAACACUUGAUUCAGUCCACUUGUUCCAUCAACUUAACAAAAUGAAUUUACUGUCAAUAAUAUUUGCAAUCAUUGUUUUGCUUCAGUUAAGUGAAGGAAACGAUGUGUGUGAAGCACGUUAUCAUGUAAUUUCAUCGCUUUUGCAAAGUAAUUGUCCAGCGGACGUAAUAGAUGAGUCGGGUAAAGUCACCCACAAGUAUUAUAUAUUCCCUCAUGGUGGCGAUCAUGAUUGUUUUCCUUAUUGCAGGAAAAUCAAAACUGAAUUGAACUUGUAUCAGUUCUGUUCAGAUGAAAAUGUAUGUCCUCCUGGAUACCUAUGUGAAGGCAAGGAAGAAGAAAAGCAUUGUGUCCUUGAUGAUAACUCCUGUUUCAAGUAUUAUGUGAAUUAUGCAAAACCAGACGCCAGUUAUUUCCGUGCCAUGUGGAGACCUGAGUGUCUUCCUGACGGCACAUGGGCGCCGAAGCAGUGUAAGGGUGAAAAGGCAACAGGAAGAUGCUUUUGUUUUGACGCUGUUGGAACCCGCCUCGAUGGUCACCAAUGGUGGCGGCUUGCAGAAAAUAUGACAUGCGCUUGUAGUCGAAAACGAGCUGAAAUGAUGAGUGAUAAAAGUAUUGGAUUUGUGAGUUUGCAUUGUGACGACGAAGGCAAUUACGAACCGAUGCAAUGCAAUGACGGGCAAUGUUGGUGUGUGCAUCCACCAACGGGCGAAGUGCUUUCUAAAGUUGUGCCUGAAAGCAUGUGGAAAAAACUAUCUUGUUAUGAUGAUGUACUAAAUGGUAACCAAUAUAUGCGCCAAUGCGAAAGUAAAUUGUACGCACAGAAAAAAAUUGUUAAUGAACUUCACACGCACGGAACAAUUGGUUUCGAGUAUGAAAGUAUUCUCUGCGAUGCCGAUGGAACCUACGGAAUCUACAGCGUAGCUGAUAACAUAGCAUCCUGCGUUUGGAAGGAUGGAAAACCACUUGGUUUUGCUCUAAAUCUGGCCGAAGGUGAUGUUUCAUCAAUGGACUGCAAAUGUGCACGAGAUUUAAAGAUAUUCGAAUUAGGUGGUCAGGAUCCUAAAGCACGUGGCAGUUGCGACGGAAAAGGUAACUACAUGGAAAUCCAAGUGAAAGUUAUAGAUGGUGAGAGUAAAUACUACUGCGUCGAUGAAGACGGAUUCCAAAAGGGUCCGGUGGUGGACAAGAAACCCACAAAUUGUUUUUCGUUAAGAUAGAAACUAAAACAUAUAAAAGUUACAAUUCUCACACAAAUUCAAUAAAUUGUUGUUUAUAAAAA